AUGGCAGGAGUUGAGAAUGGACGGGAUAGAAUGCCCACUGAGAAGGGUUUGCAGUAUAAAGCAGACGUCACAGUCAAGAUAUGGAGAGAUGCCAUUCUACUUUGGAGGAGAAGGGCAAAUAAGCAUCGCCAGCUUAUAGUUGAAGACGAUGUCAACACUGUGAUGAUUAAAGAAUCCCGUAAUCAAGUACAGGAAGCCAUGGACAUGGCCAUUUCUUCUCAGGAAGAACUUGCAGCUAUAGCUCCUUCAGCAGAUCUUGAUGAUGGUGAAGAUCUACUUGAGACUAUCGAAGAUGAACAUUCUUCUUUAAUGAGAGAAACAAUGAAAGUUAUUCUCCGAUUGCAAGGUGGGACGCUUUCAUCUAAGUCAGGUUCCCGAUCAUCCAGAUGGAGAGUUCAAGACUGGGUUGAUCGUCAAGUGUCAGUUUCCCCUCGAGUUCAGAGUAUAGUUGAUGGAGGUAACAGUGCCCCUUCAAUGGAACCCACGAUUGAGAUGAACAACUCUGCUCCACCUUCGGAAAGCCCUGCAACUAAGAUUGGUCAUCUACAAGAACCAAAGUCCAGCAAUGAUGAUGUUCUCGCCAACAGUUUGAAAGAGUUGCUAUCCUUGAAUAGACUUCCUCUUCCAGAGCCUGGAAUUUUCUCAGGUAACCCUCUUGACUACACGGCAUGGAGGCGAAGCUACGAUGCAUUGAUCGAACAUCGUGGAAUUCCUAUGGCAGAGAGGUUCUACUUUCUCUUGAAAUACCUGACAGGUGAGCCGAAAUCCUUGGUAGAAGGCUACUCUAUGAUCGGCGAUGGCAGAGGUUACCUUAAUGCGAAGGAAGCAUUGGAACAGAGAUAUGGGGAUCCAUUUGUAGUUUCAAAUGCCUACAGAGACAAGCUGGAUGCUUGGCCCAAGGUUGGAUCAAGAGACUCCUUUGGACUUAGGAGAUUCGGAGACUUCCUGAAACAAUGUGACGCAGCAUCCAAGUAUGUUCCGCACCUGAAUCAUCUUGAUGACGAACGGGAAAAUCAAAACCUACUGAGGAAACUCCCUGAAUGGCUAGUCGUUAAAUGGGGAAGGAAGGUUGUUCAGUGGAGACAGGAUUGGAAAACCUUUCCACCAUUUGCCAUCUUUACAGAGUUCAUUGACGAAGAGGCAACCGUUGCUUGUGAUCCCGUCACCUCUCUUCAGUCUCUGCAGACCUCAAAGGAAAGGAAGAAGUCAACUCCUUCUCGAUCUUUGCAGACUGGAACACACAAUCACAAAGAUGGCUCUGCUGAGAAGAAAUAUCUGUCAUGUGUCUUUUGCAAGGGUCAACACCAUAUUAGUGAAUGUUCCUCAUUCAAUUCAGAAACGAUGCAGAAGAAAAGACAGACUAUUACGGACAAUGGUCUCUGCUUUGGUUGCUUGAGAAAGGGACACAUGUCAAAGAGAUGCAAGAAAAGAAAUACAUGUUCCGUAUGUAAAGGAAAGCAUCCAACUGCUCUACAUGAUGAUGAGUGGAAAGAGAAGCGACGGGAUGCUACUAACAGAGAGAGGAGCAGUAAGGAAACUCUGGAAUCAAAUUCUCAUGCUUCCCAGUCAGAUUCCAGUCAGUCUAUGAAGUCAUCGAUGAUUGUUCCGGUAUGGCUAUCACACGAGUCCAGUCGUAAGGAGAGACUAGUGUAUGCGCUGUUGGACACGCAAUCCGAUACGUCCUUCAUUCUCACACAAACCAAAGAAGCAAUGGGAAUCAAAGGCGUACAAAUACACUUAUUGCUUUCUACAAUGACGAGGACAAAUGAGAGAAUAGCUUGUGAGAAGGUGACUGGAUUGAAAGUGAAGGCUUACUACAACUCCGAGAAGGAUGUUGAAAUUGGACUCUUGAUCGGCUACGACUGUGCCAAGGCUCUAGCUCCUCGUGCUGUCAUCCACUCUCCUGACGAAAGAGGACCCUAUGCAGUCCAGACAGACCUAGGAUGGAGCAUUGUUGGGACGGUGAACGCAGGUUAUGUUGAAAGUCACGAUGAUCCCAUUGGUGUGAGCCAUCGUACAACUGUACGGAUGGUGCCUGAGGAGGUACAGUUGAAAGGUCAUCGCUCAGAAGUGAUCUUCACGCAUCCAGCUACUACGAAGGAAGAGAUCACCCCUCUUCAUGUUGUCCAACUUCUCGAAGCUGACUUCACUCCUGAUAAGAAGCAGAAACCCUAUUCCCAGAAUGAUUUGAAGUUUGUUAAGCUAAUGGAGAAGGAGAUUCACGUUUCAGAGAGUGGACACUACGAGAUGCCCCUUCCCUUCAAGGAGGAAGAGGUACCUGUACUGCCUAACAACAAGUUUGUUGCUGCCAAACGUUUGAACCACCUGAAGAAAAAGUUUGAAAAUGAUGCCACCUACUAUGACCAAUACCUACAACAGAUGAACAAUCUCCUUGAAAAGAAGUAUGCAGAGAAGGUGUCCGAACCAGGUGAACCAGGCAAGCUAUGGUAUAUUCCACAUCAUGGAGUACAGCAACCAAAGAAACUGAGGGUGGUGUUCGAUUGCAGUUCACAGUUCAAAGGAGAGUGUUUGAACUCUCAUCUUCUCACUGGCCCUGAUUUGACCAAUGCACUUGCUGGAGUACUGUGCAGAUUCAGAAAAGAGAAGGUAGCCUUCAUGUGUGACAUCAAAGAAAUGUUUCAUCAGUUUCAUGUCAACAAAGAGUACCGUGACUACCUGCGCUUCCUCUGGUGGCCAGACGGAGACUAUCGUCGAGAGCCUACUGACUUCAGAAUGAAUGUGCACCUCUUUGGAGCUGCCUCUUCGCCCGGGUGCGCAAAUUUUGGAUUGAAGCAGAUAGCAACCGACAUGGCAGAUGAAAUAAGUCAAGAUGCAGCCAAGUUCAUCCAACGAGACUUUUACGUCGAUGAUGGGCUUAAGGCAGUAGAAACAGAAGAGGCCAUCGAUCUGAUCUCAAAGACCAAGAAGAUAUGUGGACAUGGUGGUCUUCAUGUUCACAAAGUUGUCUCCAACUCAAGGAAAGUGCUAGAUUCAGUUCCAAAGGAAGAUAGAGCUAAAGAAGUGAAAGAAUUGAAUCUUCUACUCGAUCACCUGCCUGUCGAGAAAGCUUUAGGGGUGCAAUGGUGUGUCGAGUCUGAUACUUUCCGCUUUAGGGUGACCUUCCAAGACAAGCCUUUGACUAGGAGAGGUGUGCUGUCAACCGUGAUGUCCGUGUACGACCCUCUUGGAUUGUUAGCCCCCUUGCUGCUUCCUGGCAAGAUAAUACUUCAGGAUCUAUGUAGAACUUCUGCCGCUUGGGACGACCCCCUUCCAGACCUACUUCAAGACAGGUGGAAUAAGUGGAAAACAGACAUUCUCCAACUCGAAAGGGUCUCCAUUGACAGGUGUUACAAGCCGGAAGACUUUGGGGAAGUCAAGAAUGUCGAGUUACACCACUUCUGUGAUGCGAGCAACCUUGGUUAUGGUCAUUGUACUUACCUGAGAAUGAUUAAUGGAAGGGGAGAAGUACAUUGUACGCUUGUGUUGGGCAAAUCCAGAGUGUCACCAAUCAAGACAGUCACAGUACCAAGGCUGGAACUGACUGCAGCUGUUCUGUCAGUGAAGAUGAGCGCCUUUCUUCAAGCUGAGCUAGACCUCAAAAUUGAUAGGGAGGUCUUUUGGACUGAUAGCCGAGUGGUGCUAGGCUAUAUCAAGAACGAGACAAGGCGUUAUCAUGUCUUUGUUGCAAAUAGAGUCCGCCAAAUUAGAGAUGAAUCAUCACCCAAUCAAUGGAGGCACGUCAGCACUCAAGAUAAUCCAGCUGAUGCCCCAUCAAGAGGACUCACGGUCGAUCAGCUUGAAGCAUCAAAGUGGUUCAUGGGUCCAGACUUCAUUUGGGAAAACGAAAUUCCGGAAGAAACUGAGGAAGAAGCUACAGUCAUUCCUAAAGAUCCUGAAGUGAAAAGCAACACCCAUGCCUCAGUAAAAGGGGUAGAUGAGCUCGAGUUAAAGCGAUUUGAUCACCUCUCUAGUUGGUAUCGAGCGAAGAGAGCUGUGGCGAACUGCCUCCGUCUCAAAUCAUACCUACAGAAAUGCUGCCAAGCAAGAGGAGAUGGGAAUGACGUCAAGAAAGUUGUGAUGGAACCUCUGACUACUGAAUGA